AGACAUACAUUCAUGACGUCAUAGUAAUGCAUAAUAAAGAUGGCAGCAAAGACGUGAUUGAAAUAGAAAAACAAACGAGAAAUACUUUUGUAAAAAUUGAAAAAUGGACUUUUUUACUAUACAUCUCUGAAAAAAUGCUAGCAGUACCUGGCAAUCUACUUAUGUAGAAAGGCAUGGGCGCUAAGGAAUCAAAAAUAUCCUUUCUUCCGUAUGAGGAGGCAACAAAGAGAGUCACAGAAGAGGAACUUGAACGUAUUCGCAAGGCAUUCAAGAGAUAUGCAGGAAAUACAAAUGUUCUACCAAAGUUAAGCUUCUUCAAUGAAGUUCUUGGUGAGUUGGUUCCAGCUCGAUUAGGAGAGCAACUCUUUAUGACAUGCGGUGGAAACAGCAAGGGUAUUUCUUUCCGAGAUGUUUUUGUACUACUUGUAUUAAUAACAAAAGGGACAAUCGACGAAAAAAUUAAAUUUUUAUUCUGUUUGAUGUCUGUGGAUAGUAACGUUGUAACUAGAGAAGACCUUGAAAAUUUUUACAAUGCCUGUGAUGGAGGGGGGAUUAUGCCAAGAAGCAUAUGUGAGGCAUUUUGGAGACAUGACAAAUUGGCCUAUGAUGAGUUUCAGCAAUGGGUUGUUUGCAACGCAGACUUCAGUGCCGUAACACGCUGGUUACUUGAAGAACAAAAGCAAAAUAGUGGUAUUACGUUGUCUAGUGAUGAUUACACACCAUCAUUUUAUCAUUCAUUGGCAAGUAUAACAAAAUUAACGGAGCAAGAUGUGGUUGAGUUAGAAAAAAGGUAUUGGACAAUGAAAGCGUUAUCGAAAACUGGCAGAUUUGAUCUGGAUACAUUCACACAACAUGUCUCGCCACCACUACCUUCACUAUUAUGUGCAAAAUUUUUUGAGUUUUUUGAUCAAAACAAAGAUAAUCACAUUGACUUUAAAGAAAUGGUUUGUGGAAUAUCUUUAUGCUGUCGUGGUUUGACGUCAGAAAGAUUACGUGCUUGCUUUGAAAUGUUUGAUGCUAACAAUGAUGGUUUACUGUGUGAUGAGGAAACAAAAAACAUGGUGGAUCUGCUGCUAGUUAUAUACAAACAAUAUGAUGAAAAUAGUGCUGUUAAUGCAGAGAAUGUAAUAAAAGAAAUACCAAAACCAAAAAAGGGCACUGGAUUAUCAUUUGAUGAGUUUCGACCAUGGGCAUCUACAAGUAGUUUAAUACAUGAGUUUUUGUUGAUGUUAUCGCAAAUCUGUCACAUAAUAUUUGGAUUAAAGCCUGCAUUUCAAGAAGAGGAAGGAUAUGUUGUUAGACGCUGGUUAGAACGGGAGCAUAAACAAGGGUUGCAGCCUGGUUUAUUAUAUUACAUUAUAACAAUGGCUUGGUGGAACAGCUGGAAAAAAUAUGUCAACUUUGAGGCAGAUAAAGUAGUACCAGAAGCACCGACACACACGUCUUCAACAACAUGGUUCGCUGACGUGAAAGAAUCACCCUCAGCUGGUAGUUCAGUUAGCAGUAUAAACGAUCAUGCUGUACAAGUGUCCAUCACCGGUGUUACAAUGGAUAUGAAACCUGAAAAAUCUGCUAAGCAAUACAACACUGCCAAUGAAACUGCAGACAAAAACACAACACAGAAAGCUCCUGGCAUUAUUGAUAACUCAUCUUUGCUUGGUCCAGCAGAUACAAGAAAACUGAUGGUGCUAACGGGCGAAGGUGGAAAAUUAAAACAAAAUGUGGUUUUGAUGUGUGGUAAAGAUUAUGAGGUUGUACCUGAGCCUGUCUGGAAAGCUUUAUUGUCAUGGUAUGGUGGGAAUGUUUCACUACCAAGGACUGUCACUGUAGAUAAGGAUGAUAUCAAUCCAAAAAUUGAACUAUAUCCUAUUCAAAUUAACCUGUACCGACAUACGCAACCUCCAAAAUCAAAUGGAUUUUCAUUAAACUCGCUGGGGAUAAAUAACUUAUUAGCUCAAGUAUUUGGCGGAGGAAAUGCUGCUGCAAAUUCCGUUGAACCAGGAAAUUUGAUUGCACCAAAACGGACUCUGCAAUAUCGAGCAUCGUUUAGUCGUAAGAAUACCAUAAGACAGAUUUUAGAUUUUCUAAGUAACCGUUUAAAAAUACAUGUUGAUGAUUUGCGUCUGUGGAAGAUGGAUAAUGAAACUGAUCUUCAGUUGCUUGAAGAAGAAUUAAAGACAGUCGAAGAGUUAGAGCUUAAAGAAGGAAGUCAAGUUUUAAUUGAGGUUCGCAAUCGAGACCUUAGCUGGCCGGAAGAAAUGAAUUCUCUAGUUGCUACAAGAAACUUCAGAGAGCGCUCCAAUACAGGUUUACUAGAAAAAGGCGCAACUGGCUUACAUAAUCUUGGGAAUACAUGUUUUAUGAACUCUGCAGUUCAAUGCUUGAGUAAUACGAAACCCUUGACGCAGUAUUUCACAUCAAAACUUUUUACCUACGAGCUGAACAAAACCAAUCCUCUUGGAAUGAAAGGUUAUUUAGCCAAACGAUACGGCGAUUUGAUUGUGGAUCUGUGGAAUGGCAUGUACCGGAGCGUAGCACCUGUCAAAUUACGUUGGACUAUUGGAAAAUAUGCACCUCGUUUCAAUGGUUUCCAACAACAUGACUCGCAAGAACUGCUGUCGUUUUUACUGGAUGGUUUACAUGAGGAUGUUAAUCGCGUUCAUGAUAAACCUUAUGUUGAAUUGAAAGAUAGUGAUGGUCGACCAGAUAGUGAAGUGGCAGACGAGGCGUGGCAGAAUCAUGUGAAAAGAAAUCAAUCCAUUGUUGUUGAUUUGUUUCAGGGGCAGUUGAAGUCGCAUGUGCGUUGCUUGCAUUGCAAUCAUGCAAGCACGAGAUUCGAUCCCUUCACCUUCCUCUCUCUACCGAUACCAAUGGAAAGUUCUUUGCACAUCGAAGUACCAGUUUUUGUGUUGGGUAAGGAAGAGGUUAUAAGAUAUGGCGUUUUACUGCCUCAACAGGCCACCAUCCGAAACCUGCGUAAAGAGUUGUCGGGGUUGUGUGGCGUACCAGCAGAACGUUUGCUAUUGGCUGAAGUUGUUGGUGCGACGAUCAGGAGCUUUUUAUCAGAUGAGCAAAAGGUUCACACUAAUUUAAUUGGAUAUUUAUACGGCUAUGAAGUGGACGGGUUGAUUGAUCUUACAAUUCCUUUAAAGAGUUCUGAUAAAUGCAAUGUUCCGAACGGCGUGGCUACUUUACCUACGAGUAACACGACGAAUGUACAUACGACUAGUAUAGGAAGUUCUGAUAAAACAAACAAACAAAAUGAACUAAAUGAUAAACAAAACACACCUACAAAAUCAAAACAAAAAAACAGACACAGAAAGAUACCUUUCCGUAAAACUGAUAAAUCAAGUCGAACUAAAUUAAUUGAGGUAACGUCAAAACCAGAUCAAGACACGACGAGGGUGCAAUCUUCUGCUGGUGUCGCCGAAGUUCCUGGUAUUGUUAAUACUUCUUUCUCUUCAAACAACGCGACGAACUCUUCUUCAUCAGUGGAAUUUGUUUGCGAAUCGACUCACCAUGGAUUGGUGGUUGCAAUGAACAGAAAAAUGAUACUUUCAAGCAAUUAUUUUUUGUCAUGGCAAAAAUACCGUCCUGUUCUCUUCGGUCUUCCAAUGAUAAUCUCCUGUGUAAACGAGACAACUAAUCGAGACGUAUACGAGAAAGUAUGGAAACAUGUGUGUAAAUACGUCACGUGUGAUGAUUUUGAUAACGAUAACAAUAGGGUUUAUCCUUUCGAAAUUAAAGCUGUGGACAAAGAGGGAAAUUACUGCGUGUGGUGUCCAUGGUACAGAUUUUGUCGUGGAUGUUCCAUUCCAUGUGAUGACGACUGUUUUGGCUACACAAGUUCUUGUUUAGCGAUCGAUUGGGAUCCCACUAUACUUCAUUUACAUUACCAGCAAUCACAAGAAAAGAAUUUCAUUGAAGAUGAGAGUAUUGAGAACAGUUGUAAAAUGUUGAGAGAACCAAUUUGUUUGGAUAAAUGUCUGAAAGACUUCACGAAAGAAGAAGAAUUAGGCGAAGAUGAAACAUGGUAUUGUGCGAAGUGUCAAGAACAUAGAACAAUAGCAAAAAAGUUUGAUAUAUGGAAGUUACCUCCUAUCUUGGUAAUCCAUUUGAAGCGAUUUCAAGCAGUUAAUAAUCGGUGGGUGAAAUCAAAUAAAGUGGUCCGUUUCCCUAUGAAAAAUUUCGAUCCGUCUAUGUAUCUUGCAAAACGCAAAAGAAGAAAAACUGAAGAUGAGAAAAUAAAUUUAAAAAUACGAAAGAUAGAUGAUAAUACCGAGAGCACUCAAGAUCUUCGUAAAAAGUCGGUCGACAUCUCUUCAAACAUUUCAAAUGGUUGUACACCGCUUGAUGUUUCUUUUACGUCAGAACACAACGUCAGUCCGUCACUGCCUGGCCCGUUAGUAACGUCAAAAAUACAAGUGACGGAAAGCAUUGAAGAUAUCAAUGAUAUUGACGAUGCAAAGAGUAAUGACGAUGAUAUUGAAUGUUUGUAUAAUCUCUACGCGAUAUCGUGUCAUUCUGGCAUGCUGAAUGGUGGCCACUACAUUACGUACGCGAAAAAUGCAAACGGAAAGUGGUAUUGUUAUAACGACAGCUCGUGUAAGGAGGUCGAUGAAAGUAUUUUAGAGAACGAAUCACCCUACAUGUUAUUUUACGAGAUGAAAAAUUUAAAUGCUAUCGACUACAUGCCAAAUAUUAAAGAUAAACAGCCGGCCAACGAUCAACAGGAUGACGACGAGUUCGAGAAAGAAGUGAAAAAUUGCAGUGUCAUGUAAAAAGCCCCUGAAUCUGGUGUAAAAGUCAGAUUUCGGCAACACUGUCACUUCACGUAACAUGGUAUAUUGGGUACAAAAUUUAACUACAGUACAAGUUCUUUAUUCGAUAUACAUUUUGUUUAACGUAUCAAAUAAAAUUAAUUUUUUUAAAUUUUUAUAUGUUUUACAUUUUCAGCCAUUUUUUGUUGACAUUAUUUUUUGUCACUUGUUUUGUUAAGCUGUUAUCAGGCACGAUGCACUUGCAAGUAUUUUUUGUCCAAUGCUUGAUUAGCCAUUAAAUUCUAUCAUUGUUGUGAAACUUAACACAAAAAAUCAUAAUUUUUGCAAAUUUUGUUGUGCAGCAACUUUGGUGUAGCUUUACAAAUAAUACUUAUUUUUUACACUUUUUUAACCUCGAAAGUUCUUAGGUGUGUUCUUCUUACAACGUUGCAAAAUUAAAGUUAUAAAUACAUGAAAAGAGGAAGACUGUUUUAAGACAAUGUCUUAGUAAUGCUAAACUCACAGUUCUUAUAAUAUACGAAGAAGCCUAAGCCGAGUACGUUCUUAAUAUGUUCUCAAUUAAAAGAAAAAAACAUGUGGCAUCACACUUUGUCUCUUUUAUAAUACUAACCAUCACUGUUGUACAACAAUUGCACAACAAAAAUUGUUUUUCGUAAAAACUAACCUAAAAUAAAGAUUUUUAAUUUCUAUUUUUAAAGGUCGUUUUUCAUCAACAUAAAAAUUGUUGAGUAACUGUUUUACCAUUUCAAUGAAAACAUAUGUUGUACAACAAAGCGACACGAGAUGUUGCACAAAAAGAGAUGAACAUUUUUCUAUCUGUUACAGCAGUUUCACAGCAAAUAUGAAUUUUAAUGAAAAUCAAGCUUCAAAACCUUCAUGUAGCAGAUGCCAGUAUAUUUAAGUUGAAUUAUUUUGUUUUGUAAAAAAUUAUCUUCAGAAUUAAAUUAGAAUUAAAUUUGGCUUUGUGAGCGCUUGUUUUAGCAAACUCCAUCCCACGGAAUGUAACAGUGAAGAAAAACAUGUAAUCAAUUUAAAGGUUGCUGUAAUAUUUUUUUUCUUCAAAUCUUAAAAGCAAAUUGUUAUUAAAAA